CUCAGAUGGUGGCGGGAUAAGUAGUCGCGAAUCAAUCCAGGAUGGGGGAGAGUGUUCCAGCAAGCCGAGCGUGACAUACCAUGUCCCUGAUGGUGGCAUGCCUGGUCGCCGAUUCUCGUGGGGGGAAACGUAGAAAGCCAGUCUCCACAUCCGACUCCGCGCAAUGAAUUCUAACACGAUGCUCUUCCCGAGGAGCAUGCGCUUCUGGAAGUGCGGUACCGCAAAGUCGACAACAAACGCGCCGGAACCGGCCCCAUCCGUCUCUGUGGGCGCAACAUUCUCGACCGUUAUAUCAUCGUGAGGAACGGUGGCAUCGAGAAUCAUUUCGUCGGUCGCACUAAGCGGUGAGAAUUCAGGAGAGCUCCGCAGCCGCUGGAAAAGCAGUUGGUCGGAAUUGAGCAGGCAUGCUAGUCGCACGUCGGAGAUGGUAGCAGGAGUGAGAGGUGAGGCCAAGCUUAUGAGAGCGCUGAGCAAGUCAGUCCCCUGGAGCUGGUCGGAUUCUACAUCGGAGGGCCGCUUCACAACCGCCCAGUAGAUAGGUGUGUGUCCCUCCACGCUCUUCUCCUGCAGCACAGAGCUGAUCGAAAGGCCGUUGGCGGAGCAGGCGUCCGCACAACUUUUGAGAAUGCUGAUUCCAACAGACGAGCGGUCCUCGUGAGGUAGUUUCACCAGAUCUUUGACCAGUCCCAAUACCGUUGAGCGCACUUGACGCACUGUCGGUGAGGUGAAUCCAAACCAGGAACUCGAAACGGGUGAUAACCUCGACGAAGAGGCUAUUGGGAUCGGUAGUGUGCUGCUUGUAGCACCGAGUGGUGGAGGCCGCUUAGAAUCGGUGGGAAAGGUGGAUGCAGUUGCUAUUUGGCUGACUUCGUACGCCGGGGGAGCGUCCGUGUCACCCAAGGGCAUCGUGUCGUUCAAUUCAUUUGGAUAUAUAGUCUGCGGUUUGUCGCUUUCGCUCGGUAGGAUCAUGGUGGACAGCGGCUACUGCCAAGACGAGAUGAGGGACCGGCUUUGCCAUCAGUGCCUGCGCAAUGAUCGAGGGAGGCGGUGCUGACACUUGAACAAGAUCAUCUCUGAAGUUGACCUACAUCUGCAAAACCCGAGGAUUCAACCUGCACAUCAUCGAGUGCAAAGCAGGACUGGGCAUUCAAAUAGAGUCGGCAUGGAUCAGGACGCCUUCCGGCACCUGCUCACGAGCUCUGGGAAGCAAACACAGCGAUCUCGUGGCUCUCUGCAUGCGAAGGUGAAGAAGUCAGAUGGUUCUUACCGCGACCGUGCCGCCGAGCGCAGAGAUGGUGGGACAAACGACUUCGCUCAUGUUGAAGCUGUGUUGGAUGAUUUCGAGAAGCGCGUGGGAGACUCAGCAACUGACGAUCAGCGGCGCUACUUGGGGGGAGACGGCGAGCACUCAGUCCUUGUGAAAGGGCUAGACUUUGCGCUACUGGAACAAAACAAAGCCAAGGCAUCCUCUUCGACCGUUGACGACGAUUCACUCGAGCAGGCGUUUGUGAGCUCUGCUUCUCAGCCUAGGCCUGCGGUGGAUGGAAAGCGAACGCGCGAAGAAAUGCUCAGUGUCCUCAAAUCGAAGCGCGCAGCAGCUCAGCCCACUGAGGUUAUUAAAGAUAGCAAAUUCAAGCCAAUAGGAUUCAAACCUAUCGGUAUCGUGGAAGAGAAGAAGAAGACUAAAAAGAAACGGGUCAAACCAGAUGGAGAGUUGGCCACAUCGAAGAGCAAGAAAAAACGCAAGAUCCAGGAGAUUCCUGACGAAGUAGAGCCGACGGCAGUAGUCCCGAAUGCCUCUGUCCCGCAACCCCCGGCUGUUGUUGAGGAAGAUGACGAUGCUGACUUGGAUAUAUUUGCCGGUGUCAUGGAGUACCAGGGACUUGAGCUGGACGAUGAUGAUGAUGCGGAUGUCAAUCCCUUGCCAGACCGCGUCGCGCACGAGCCUGAAGUAGAAUCGUCCGUGCCUCCGCGGACGUGGUUUGCGGACGAGGAAAAGCCAGCGCCUCCACAGCACUCGUCGUUGAGAGACAGAUGUCCCUGCCACCUGCUGAUGAAAUGGAGGAGGAUGAGGAAGAGGACAAGCCUGCGAGAUUGAUUCCACUGGCUAGUUCUGCACUACCGUCGAUCAAAGAAUAUCUGGCAAUGACAGGAGAGGACGGCGGUAAGAAGGGCAAAGGGAAGAAGAAAAAGAGAAGGGCAAGAAAGGAGCGGAUGAUGACGACGACGACUAGUACUUGACGCGUGUGAGGAUUGGACUUUGAACAUUUACUGAUAUGCGUGCAUUUGGAUAUCGUACUAGCGGCCAAACAAUAAUGAUAAACGAAAGAUACUUAUUCUUCCCGUACAAAAAGCCAUUUCUCUCCCACUUUCUGCAUCCGUCCUCCAGAGGCGCCUGCGUCGGGAAUCGAAGAGAUAUCCUGGCCGCCUCCAAGUACGACCGCGUCUGUGUCUCCGGACCCACUGCUCUGCCACUGACUACCACCGUCCUCCCGAUAGCCACCGCCGUAGUGGUUCCCGCCACCGUGGUUCCCUCUGCCCGAUCCUCUGAAGUUGCCGCCCCUGCCCCGAAAUCCACCGCGACUACUUGGCUGGCCUUGACGGCCCCAUUGUUGCUGCUGUGACACCUGCUGCUGCUGCUGCUUUUGGUGGGACAACUGCUGGGACGGUUGCAUCUGGCCUCCGGACAUGACAAAAGCCAUGAGCUCCUCGGUCGACGGCGGGUAACCGUGUGUGACCUGCCACAAAUUCCCAAGCGUCUCCCACGAAGUUGCGGCAGUGAAAUCAAACGUCGCCAGAUUAAAACUCUCGAGGCCCUGCUUGGACGGAAUUUUAUUCGAGACAAGCAGGCGCAUCAGCGGGCUCGCGUUCUACACGCGGAGAGACUACGGGCGCGGGCGGAGAUUUCGGUGGUGGUGCGACAAGAUCGUCAGGUGGUUCCGGGGAAGGCGAUGCGGGCCGGAUAUCUCUCCCGAAUUCAUCCUUCCCCGGUGCGGUCCUGGCGGGGCUCGUCCGACGGGCUGUGGCGGUGCUGGUUCGGGCAGAGAAGGUCGACGAGGCGGACUGUAGGGGCGGACCUCGCGCCGCCCAGGAAAUCGGCUUGGCGGACUGCGAGAUCUGCUAUCGCGUCGGCCA